UGAGCCUCUAAGCACCUGAAUGGGGCAGGAGAAGGGAACUUCCUGUUGUUCCCUCAUUCCUUGUGUCUCAGAGCUACCCCCAGAGUGAAAGAGGCAGCAUCCCGGCUUCCUGAUCCCUAAAGCCUAAGACCACUCAAAGAUAAACCUCCCUCUGGCCUUCUUUCCUCCCCUCCCCAGAAAGCCUGCCCAGAAAGAAGAUCCCUCCAGGUGUCUGGCCAGAGGUGGGGAGCCCAGCUCUGCGACCCAAGGUGGCAACCAGAAGGAUCGAGCUCCAGAGUACAGACUCUAGCUGACAAGUGAGACCAUCCCAGAGGUGGGUGAUGGCUGCAGAGCCAAGCCAGGCUAUCCCUCCUGCCCCUGAGGCCCCCGCUCCACCACGGGAGCAAGAGGAGUUCCUGAUAGUGAAGCUGGAGGAGGACGCUGCCUGGGGACAGGAUUUGAUCCUGAGAGGAAAUCACCUCAGAGCCCCCGAGACCUCCCGGAGGUUCUUCAGGCAGUUCCGAUACAGGGAAGCUCUGGGGCCCCGGGGGGCCCUCAGCCGACUGCGAGAACUCUGCCGGCAAUGGCUGAGGCCAGAGGUGCGCACCAAGGAGCAGAUCCUGGAGCUGCUGGUGCUGGAGCAGUUCCUGACCAUCCUGCCUGGGGACAUCCAGGCCUGGGUGCAGGAGCAGCAUCCCAAGAGUGGCGAAGAGGCAGUGACUCUGGUGGAGAAUUUGCAGAGAGAGCCUGGGAGAGGGAAACCACUGGUCCCAGGUCUGGGGAUCGGGCAGGAAGUUCUCUCCAAGGGGUUGGUGCUGCCAGGACCAGUGCAGCCGCCAUCCAGCCUCCCUCAGGAGCCAGCCCAGCCUGUGGAGAAGGGUCUCCAGAACCGUCCCCGAGCACCCCAGGAGCAUCUAAACUACUGGCAUCCCAAAAGGGAUCGCCUUCUAGAGAAUGUUCCUCCUGUUCCCUGGCUUCCUGCCCAUCCCUGGAAAGGGAGCUCCAAAGAGCAGGAGCUGGAAGCUGCACUUCUUCCAGCCAAGUUUCAGGGUUCUCUGUCACUCGUGGACUCCGUUGUGAAUGGAGACUCUCAGCUCAAGAAUUCCAGACCCACACCUUCUUCUGGAGUGGGGAAGAAUGUUCAAGAUGGGGAGAAGUUUCAACGAGAAGGCCUGGAGGUGGUAGAACCUUCUGAAACUGCCGAGGGAAACUCUGAAAGAGGCGUUUCACUGAGCUCUGAAAAGGAAGAAGUCUGUGAAAGCGAAUGCAGUCAAGAAAGGCAAGGGGGGGAUGCCCCUGCGGAGAGUGGGGAGGAACCUCCUCCGGGAAAGAAUGAAUCCGGGGAACUGAGUAACAUUGAAGUCCUCCAGAAAUCCCCCAAGGAAGAACAGCCCCUCAUCUGUUCCGACUGUGGGAAAAGCUUCGACAAGAUGUCGAGCUUGAGGGAGCACUGGAAAACCCACACGGGCAAGAGGCCCUACCAGUGCCAGUGCUGCGGCAAAAGCUUCAGUCGAAACUCUGUCCUGAAGCUACACCUGCGAACCCACACGGGGGAGAAGCCCUACGAGUGCCCCCAGUGCGGCGAGCACUUCCGGCAGAGCUGCCACCUGACCAAGCACCAGCAACUGCACGUCCUGGAGAGGACCUUCCGCUGUGCUGACUGCGGGCAGGGUUUCCGGCGUCGGGCCAACCUGGUGCGUCACCUGUUGGCCCACACGGGUGAGAAGCCGCGCAAGUGCGAGGACUGCGGGGACAACCGCCAGGCCCCGGACCGCCCUAGACCCCCGCAGGGCAACCCCAAGCUGAAGCCCCACCGCUGCAACGAGUGCGGCAAGGCCUUCUGGCGCCACGAACACCUGCUCACGCACCAGCGGGUGCACACGGGUGAGAGGCCGUUCCGCUGCCCCGACUGUGGGAAGAGCUUCAGCCAGAGCUCUCAGCUGGCCAGCCACCGGCGCUCCCACACGGGGGAGAAGCCCUACGUCUGCGCCGACUGCGGCAAAUGCUUCGUCCGUCGAGCCGGCCUCGCCCGUCACCUGAUGAUCCAUAUAGGGGAGAAGCCCUUUGAGUGCACCCAGUGCGGAAAGAGCUUCAGCCAGAGCCAAGACCUCGUCCGGCACCAGCGGAGCCAUACGGGCGAGAAGCCCUGCCGAUGCAGCGAAUGUGGGGAGCGCUUCAGCCAGAACGCGCACCUGACCCGGCACCGCCGCAUCCACACCGGAGAGAAGCCCCACCAGUGCACCACCUGCGGAAACCGGUUCAGGAACAGCUCCAAUCUGGUGCGGCACCAGAGGAUACACACAGGCGAGCGGCCCUACCGGUGCGAUCAGUGUGGGAAGAGGUUCUGCCGCAACGCCCACCUGCUGCGUCACAUCCGGACCCACCUGGGGAAGGCCAGCCGGCACGACAACGACUGUCUCGAGGACCUCUCUCGGCGAGGAACCCCCACCACAGAGAAUCCCCAGCAGUGCCUGAAAUGCGGGAAGAACUUCAGCCGGAAUUGCAACUUGCUCCGACACCAGGCGAUCCACACCGGAGAGCGACCUUUUGCGUGCACUGAGUGCGGGAGGAGCUUCAACCGGAACUCACACCUGCGGCGGCAUCUGAGAACCCAUUCCAGAGAGGUGCUGUAUUAGGGUCUCUGCGGCCUGAUGGGCUCUGAGCGCUCCAAACGUCCCAGGCCAAAACGAGCUCUUCCGAUGCUCCUCCAGUUUGACGGGAGGGAGACCUCUCAGCCCUUCCACUCUUUGAUCCACUUCCAUUCCAGGCGGAGCCCCGCAGCCCGAACUCUUCGAGCUUACUAAAGUAAAUUUGUCCUCUAAGGGGAACUUCCAAUUUUUUUCUUGAUCUUUUUUUAUACUCCACCUCAUAAAAUACCUUCCCUCUUCUCCACCCCUAGUUUGCAAGCUCUGCCAAUCCCCUGGUAGGAAACAAAAGACGUGAGGGAGGACAUCUAGGCAGAUUAAAUGGGCAAGGUGACCAACAGCCAGUGUGAGAAAUAGCAGACAGCCAGAAGAACGUAAUAGUCCGUUGUCUCUGACAGAGGCAACAAGAGGUCUACAUCAUCAGAUACCCUUGAAUUUUCCUCUCUGCAGCUCUAAAUUUUUCCCUUUAAUAACCCAUUUAGGACCUCUGCUCCAUGAAUUUCUCCAAAUCCCUCUAGAACCUGCCAACCUUUUUGGCCUAUGCGAUUUCCUGUGGUAAGGAAUUCUAUAUGCUGACCACCUGCUGGGUGAAAGAAGUGUUUUUAUUUGUUUUCGAGCUUCAGUGGAUGCCACUUCAUGUUGGUAUGGGAGGGCUGCUGUAACCUGGCGACCUCAUUAAGUGUCGUAAGGAAAUAGCUUUGGGGCUACCCAUUUUGGUGUGGAGGGCUAGAGAGAGGACUUCUGGUCGUGGUCCAGGAAGCCCCUCGAUACAGAAAACUGGGACACAGUAUAUUGUUACUGUUGUUCAUUCCAUGUAUGAUGAGGGAGUCUCCAGGACAAAAUCUCCAUUGUCCAUUUCUACCAGAUGAUCGCCCCAUUGCAGCUGAGUUCUGAUCGCCAUUGCCUCGGUACCCACAAUCCCCCAGUGUUCAAGGACCUUGGUGUUUGGAAUGAGAUCUUACCAUUUUACAACUGCUCACCUCCCCCAUUCAGCACAAAGCGAACCGGUCACGUUAUCUAAUGUGCAGUCAUCGGUUUAUCUACAUAUCCUCCGUUUCAAAUAUGCUCCUCUUCACUACUCCUCACUUAAUCUCCUUCUGUAUUCAGUGUCCAGUUCUGCCAGAGUUCUCAGUUGUGUGUUAGGGAGGACCUCCAAAUCUUACUCCCUCGGUUGGAAUCUUCCCACUUCCCUCAUUUCUUCUGUCUUUUAAACUUUUCACCUUCUCAUGGCCUCCCUUCUUAUAUUAGCAUUUCACUAUUUUCAGUCAAGAUAAAUAUCGUACCACUGAAAAACCCUGAGUUUUUCCUCUACCCCUCUCAAGAGCCAGUAGGCCUUGCUGUUAUUUCAACAGAAACCCUCUCUGAUCCCAGGGCGUAGCCUCAAUUCUCAACUCAGUGGGGUUCAGAGCUUGGCUGGGUUAGGGGGGUUGGUCGGGAUCAUCGAUAGAUGGAUCUCGGGUAGCAAGGAACCAAUGGUUUUGUGACUGUGUUGUGUAUUGGCACUCAUUUGCUGUAAAUGGACUGCUUGCUGGGAGCAGUUUGCUGCAAUCCAGUGAUUAAGCUCCAGAAAGUCCACCCCUAAACAAAGUCUUCUGGGUAAGAAAUAGAAACCUACGCUCUCAGAAGGGGCUCCCCUGAAACGGAUAAUCCCAGAAAGAGUGGUAGAGGAGGUCACUGUGGUGGCACUAGGCUUCUGAAAAGGGAAAUCAGUCAGCCCAUGUAGAAGGUAGCCCUAACUCAGGGCAACAGCAAGACACACAGCAGAGGACAAGUUUCCCGCCUCCGGAUCUCCACCACCUCCUAGAAACCUGAGGCCGCUGCAGACCAGGUCCGACUCCCCUUGUGAAAGACUUCCCUCUGCUACCAAAAUCAACAACGGGCACGUCCGGAACCACCAGCAGUUACAGAAUGGCCUUCCGGGAGAGAGAGAGACUUGGGGGCGCCUGGGAACUGUUUUCUCUUUCCUGGGGUAGAAUUGUACUUUCUGUUCUACAGCGAUGCUCCCACUAACAAUAAAUUCUCCAGAUGUCAUGCU